AUGUCGGACUCACGCCUAUAUUCAUUCUCCCCCGAGACGAAGGAGAAGCUCCGCAAAUUCCGCCUGGAUAUGAUAGAUGCAAAGAGCCAGGAAAUCCGGCCCUGCGAUGAUGAGGUUUACUCGAAGAUGGAAGACCUUGCGGAUGAGCUCCCUGACUCGUCGCCCCGUUUCAUAUUACUGAGCCACCCGCUGACGAUGUCAUCUGGACGCCUUGCUGUGCCAUACGUACUCCUAUACUACCUGCCAGAAAACUGCAACCCAUCACAGAGGAUGAUGUACGCCGGUGCGGUGGAACUAAUGAGGAACAACGCGGAGGUCAACCGUGUGAUAGAAGUUGAAAGCGAGACGGACGUGAUAGAGAUCGAGAAGAAGCUUCAAGGCGCAUAG